AUGAUCCAGUACUUCUACCUCCUCGACUAUCAGCAAUCGCUUUAUUCCGACAGCACCUCACAGUCGCCAGAGCUAGAGGACACGAACUCCACGCACAUCUCUUGUCUACUACUGCAUGCCAAGGUGUAUGCAGCCGCAGAAAAGUACGCUAUUGGAGGUCUCAAGGACCUCGCUGUGGCUAAGUUCAAGACGACUGCUGUACAAGACUGGGACCCCGCUGCUUUUCUCGACGCUGCCAGCGAGGCGUACACAGCCACCAUAGACACCGAUCGCGGGCUACGAGACGCUGUCAUCGAGGUGUUCGCCGCGCACAAGGACUUGCUGUAUGAGGAUGAAGCGAAGGUGGUUGUCGAGAGGCUUGGCCCACUGGGUUAUGAUUUGCUUGUGCCAUUAAAAAAGUGGUGA